GGAGCCAAACCCACGACGUGACGUCACUAGGGACCUUAAACAUGGCCGACAGCGACCGAUGGACAUACUGAAAACCUAACCCAAAACAUUGGCCAACCUCCCAAAUUCUACGAGACUUGGAAGCGGAUAUUUAAAGCUUUCUAUGUCAAACAUCCAAUUUUGUCAACGUGUAGACAUCGCCAGCCGAAGUAGGUGGCAGUUUAUCCAAAGGCAGAGUGAGCCAGACGGCGUUAGCAAUAUUAGCAUUCGAACGAACUGCUGCUUUUGUUUGUUUCCCAAAACGAACUAUAUGACAGACAUUGCAGACUCGUUUUGACUUUUUUUUCUUCCUAGGCAUACGUUUGUUUUUUUAUUUUAAGAGAACGGGAGAUAAGGAGGCUAUCGAGCUAAACUCCACCACAUUGCGAUAAAAAGCGGAGCAGCCUGUCGUCUAACUGGAGGUCCCAGAUAACUCCUGAACAAUUAAAACACCACCGCAGUGAGUAAACAUGGAACAAAGGCGUAGACACGGAAAAUCGCACACCACCGACGGCGGGGGCAGAAGCAGCAGCAGCAGCAGUAGCAGCAGCGGGGGGGACUCGGACGGCGGCAGCCCCGCGUCCCCGACCGGGGGCCACGCGUCCUCCGACAGCCAACAAGGCCCUUCGUCGUCCUCGGGCAACGCGUUCGCCAACGACGGCAGCUUCAUGGAGAUGUUCAAGAAGAAGAUGGAGGCGGAGAUGAGGAAAAAGGCGCAGGGGACAGAUGAAGAGCAAGGACAUAAGAAGCCCCCUCCAGUGACCAGCUUUGUGGGGAAGCGCAGAGGUGGUGUGUUCCUUAAGACCGGCAUGGUUGCCAAGAAGCAGAAACAGGACUCUGAGGCUACGCCCGGCAAGAGUGACGCUUGGUCAAAGUACAUGGCUGAGGUGAAAAAGUACAAAGCCCACCAGUGUGGCGACGACGAUAAGACCAGGCCGCUGGUUAAGUAGGUGUGGAUCAACAGAAGAGACCUUCGCCUUUCUUCCAUCUCAUGUUUUCCUGAGUUUUCCCUUUUUGUAUUUUUUUUUUUCUUGAUUUGAAUUGACACUUCAUGUUUUCCUCAAGAAACUUUGCAGAUUUAUCAUAUUAUAGCCAUUUCUGUUUAUGUUUAGGCUUGAUAAAAAUGUACACUGCCUGAUCA